AUGGACUUGCUUUUGCAGCUUGUUGCACACAGUAUUUUGACUAAGAACGAAGCAGAAGUUUGUGGACUUUAUACGACGCAAGACGAAGAAUUUCCUCUGGCCGUCACUCAUCGAUUCAGUGCAAUUGAUCAUGGUCAUUUCUUUUAUGUUAAGCCGAAACCAAAACUGUUAUUGGACAACACAUGGUUUUUAAUUGUGCGAUCCCAUGACCAAAGUUUUAAAGUUAGCGUCGAUCUCGAAUCGGAAACAGUAGCGACACUCAAUAGACGCAUUCAAAUGCAACAUGGAAAAUGUGAAGACGAAUAUGUUUUAGUGUAUAGGGGGAAACCCCUAACGGGUACGAGCAAAUUGUUAGAUUAUGGCAUCAACAACAGAGACACAGUAACAUAUUUACAAAGAAUGCGAAAACCAAUUAUUCGAUUACGAAGUAAUCAUGGUGAAAUUAUCAACAACGUCAAUUUGUCCAUAGAGCUUGAUCCAAAUAUCUGGCAAUUAACUAGUGUUUAUCCUAAACCAUCGAUCACGAAUAAAAUAUCAUUCAUACAAUGGAAUAAUAUGCAAGUAUACAGUGACGGAAAAAUCAUCCUCAAAUCCGAUAGUGAAAACAACAUUGAUCGAUUAUAUUCAUCAAUUAGUGAUGAACAAGAACAUCGGAUGCUAUUCUGGGAGGCAUCUACAAACAGUAAGUCAUGGAACAAGGCACAUGAAGCUAGCUUGUGCGUGCCACGAGAUGACUUUGCACGGAUUCUCAAUUACGCACUCAAAAGAAUGGGGUUCUUGUCUGAAGAUCAAGAUGAUCUGUUGACCUUCGUCUUGCCACAGUUAGAUGAAGUCGAUGCUGCUCAAACACAGAAGAAAAUCGUCUUUUAUUUUCUGUCGCCGGAUUUCUAUUCGACUGCGGCACGACUUAUUGUUCAUCCAAUUCCUCAACAAAUCAUUCGUGUCUAUAUGAUCUUCGGGUUCGGCAAUAACGAGCAAAAUAUUUCGACACUGGAUGAAUUGAACAUUGCAAUUGAUCGAACUAUUACUUCUGGAAAUUCUACCAAUAGUGGCCUGGUCGUUCAUGAAUGGGGUACAAUGUUUAUGAGUCAAUGGCAUCUCUAA